GUCAUCCUGCAGUGCUGCUCGACUCUGCUCCAUCCUAAGGACAUUACACAGACCCUCCCCCGGAGCCAAGCAUCCCCCUGAAGCUCAACAUCUCCCUCCCCAACGCAGAGCAUCUCCCCCGGAGCACAGCAUCUCUCCCACCCCCCUGGAGUACACCUCUCAGCAGAUCAUUUCUCCUUCAGCGGAGCCACCAACCUGACCGUAUUUUUGUGGGUUUUUUUUUAAUUUAAUUUUAUUUGCAAUUUAAUUUUUUUUUUUUACCAUCCUUUAUAAAAAAAAAAAAAUCGUCCCCCUACCCAAAGACAGAGAAUUCCAGAAUCAUCGAAUGAGAUCCACAGAAUAAGGCAGCGAGACAUCCCCCGUCUGUGCAGUGAGACCGCAGGCGACAGCUAAGAAUGAUCCAGAGAGACAUCUGCCUGUCGGUGCUUUUUGUCACGGCCCUUCUGCACUCGGUUACCUGCAAUAAAGGUAACAAACACAAACCAUGGAUGGAAGCCCAGUACCAGGGGAUCAUCAUGGAGAACGACAACACAGUCUUACUCAACCCACCUCUCUUCGCCCUGGACAAAGAUGCUCCAUUGAGAUAUGCAGGCGAAAUAUGUGGGUUCCGGAUUCAUGGAGCUGGAACUCCCUUUGAAGCUGUGGUUCUAGACCGAACAACAGGUGAAGGUCUGAUCCGAGCGAAGGGUCCGGUGGACUGUGAAGCCCAGAGAGAGCACACCUUUACCAUCCAGGCACAUGACUGUGGAGAGGGACCAGACGGGAGCAACAGCAAAAAAUCUCACAAAGCCACGGUUCAUGUCCGAGUCAAUGACGUCAAUGAGUUUGCCCCCGUGUUUGGUGAACGGGUCUUCAGAGCUUCAGUCACUGAGGGUCGUAUGUACGAACGGGUCCUCCGGGUGCAGGCGUGGGACCAGGACUGUUCUCCUCAGUACAGCCAGGUCUGCUUCUACCAGAUCCUCACCCCCAAUGUGCCCUUUACAAUCGACAAUGAUGGUUAUAUAAAGAAUACGCAGCCUCUGCAGGCCAGCGGUGAGCGCGUGAUCAGGUUUACGGUGACGGCAUAUGACUGCGGGAAGAAGCGAGCCGUGGAGGAUGCUGAGGUGGAGAUCCAAGUGAAGCCCACCUGCAAACCCAGCUGGAGAGGCUGGAACAAGCGCAUCGAGUACGUCCCUGGCAGCGGCAGCCUGGCCUUGUUCCCCACCAUUCACCUAGAGACCUGCGAAGAGCCAAUCUGGAGUAUUCAGGCCACAGUGGAAAUCCAGACCAGUCACAUUGCCAAGGGCUGCGACCGCGAUAACUAUUCAGAGAAGUCAUUACGCAAGCUGUGCGGAGCUGCCCCCGGGGACGUUGACCUUCUACCCCCAUCAAGUUCGACAUACAACUGGACCCACAGCCUUCCGGUACAGGACACUCAAGACAGUAGCCCGGUCUUUUGGUUCAAUGGUUCUCAAUCAGUGGAGGUUCCUCCUGGGCGGUUACCUGCAGGGGGUGGAGCCGCUGAUCACCUGACUCUCUCUUUUUGGCUGAAACAUGCAGGGGGCAGUGGAGGCAGAAACGGAAAGGAAGAGGAGGUGCUGCUGUGUAACACUGUCCAGAAUGACGGCAGCUUCUCACACUACACCCUGGCCGUUCACGGCUGUCGGAUCUCGUUCCUGUACUGGUCCCUCCUGGACAGCGCUCACCCUGUCAAGUUCCUUUGGAAGCUGGAACAGGUGUGUGACGUGGAAUGGCAUCACUACGCUCUGAGCCUCGAGUUCCCAACCGUAUCUCUAUAUGUGGAUGGGGUGACGUACGACCCAGCACUCAUGCAUGAUAAUGGAGCCCUUACACCUCCCAAACGCCAGGGCAGAAUGAUGAUCGGCGGCUGCUGGACGGAUGAGAAGAUUUCAGUAAAAGUCAAUGAUGGUGAAACAUCAAGAACAUCAGGCUCCGCUGUCGGUCGGUUCCUACGGGGGUACGUCUCCGGACUGUCCCUGCGCCUGGGUCCAGUAGACUCUCGGGAAGUGAUUGACUGCCUAUAUGCCUGUAAGGAGGGUCUCCAAUACACUGACUUUGACAGCCUGGGGAAAGGAAUGAAGGUCCACGUUAACCCUGCUCAGUCACAGUUGACGCUGGAAGGGGAUGAUGCCCUGUCCUUCAGCCGAGCUCUGCAGCAUGUGGAGUACCUCAACUCUUUACAGUUUCCAACAUCAGGAGUGAGACCCCUUAAACUGCAGACAACAGUCAGGUGUCUCACUGAUGAAGGAUGUCUCACGGUGCCAGAUCUAGAUGGGUACCUUGUGGUGCUGCCGCCCGAUGCUCCACAAGUCCAGCUGUCUGGGUCCCCUCGAUCGGCACACCCUGUAUCUGACUUCCAGGGGCCACUAGGUGUUUCCAUAUUCCCAGACCUGAGGAUUACCUGCACUGUUUCUCAUAAUUUAUCCCCCAAUAAGCUGGAGAGAGCUCCACGAUCAGAUGUGCAGUCCCCUGAUGGCAUAGAGUGCGCCCUGGAGAGGUGUGAGAUCGGAGUGGUGGGCAUGGAGCUGAAUCCUGAAUACGAGAGCCUGUCCCUAGAUGUCUCUUCUGCCUGGCAGCGUGGGCUUGAGACCGAGAACAGCUCCCGGAGUCUGCGUAUUACAGGUGUACAGAAUGUAGCGGUGUACGAGGACAUCCUCCGUAGUGUCAGCUACCGCACAGGGCCCCGGGCCUCAUUAUACUCACGGAAAUUCCAUUUGUCCUGCAGUGAGAUGAAUGAGAGAUAUGUAAGCAACCCGCUAUACACUGAGGUUGACAUGUUACACGGGAUUCACGCCGUCUCGCCCAGUCACCUCCUAUCCGCUCAGCAGUUUAUCCACAAUGUACACCAGGCACCUGCAGAGUUAUCCGGCCAUGCACUGGUCGGCGCCAACCACAGCUCAGCCUUUCCGGGGGUGGCCAUGGUCAUCAUCGUGGUGUGCAUCGGAUUCUUGGCCCUGAUCGUCACUCUGGGGCUCUCCAGGAUACACAACGUGAGGCAGAGGGGUUUCGAGGGGGCAGAGAUGGAGGCGGGCAACCAACGGGACCCGUUCUGGGAGGACUCCGCCAUGACCAUAACUGUGAACCCAAUGGAGUCGCUGCAGUCUCGCGGUCUGGUCACGGCACAGAAAUCAGCCGUCUCGGAGAAGCACGACCCGGAAGAGGAGAAGCGUUGAGAUUCAUCUCUUUAUUUUUUUUAGACAGCCGUGCAUCCGUGUUACUUCUCGCUUAUGUGUCAUCCCCACCAUCGUCUGGUGUGUAUGCCACAUCCCGACACAACUUGUGCGGUGCGCGCCACUUCUGACUGCACUCUAGUGCUACUUCUCUGACACUCUAAGCGACGAGUGCAACACAUAAGACACUCAGCCUGGGACAUGUCCCACCAACUUCUCCUCUCUCUCUCUGGAGUGUGUGUCACAGCCUGGCUGUCUCUUGAAGAGCGCCACCCACCCUGAUGCAGGCUGGGUUGUGUAUUACGUCCACAAUAUCUGUCAUUCCGGAUGCCUCCCCUCCCCCAUAUUUUACAUUUACGUCAUCAUUUCUCAGGGGAAAACUCGCCGCCUCCUCUCCUCCAUUCCGUGUUUGUAACCGUCUCAUGUGAUGUUUUUACAUUAGGGUCCCUGAGAGGCUGCUACCGAUUCCCUUUUCUGGCCAAAUAGGCUCCUCCCACUAAAUUUUUUUUUUUUUCGGGAUUCAGCUUCGCUCUAAUCACAGAGACUAAAGUACCGAAAGAAUGACGGCUCGGUACAAGAAACGCCAACAAAAGAUGGCUGAUACCCCACAGACACGAUGGCCCAAUGCCGCCCCUCUCCCCCCAAUUGUAAUUUUUUUUUGUUCCUAUAUAAAAGUGUUAACCCCUUCCUGUCUCUCCCCCACCUUGUUCAUGUCUCUGCCCCUGUGAAUGGGGUGCUCGGAUAAUGGGGGUCACGACAAUGAAUGAAAUAACACUGAUUUCUGGUAUAAAUAUAUAUAAAACUAUAUAUAAAAAAAAUAUAUAGAGAGAACACAAUC